AUGUGGGGGUCGCGCAACGAGCUGAGCGGGAGCAGUAGGGCAGCUGCAGCUGCCGCGUCUGCCGCACAGGGUGGAGGGGGUAGCGCCAUGCCGCAUCCGCCGCUCAGGGCUGCUGCAGAGCCCUGCAGGAGCAGGCCCGUGACGCAGCAGACGCUGCGACGACGAGCAGGAGCCCCACGGCGAGGAACCGGCGGACGGCGCGCCUUGGGACACCCAGUGGCCAAGGUGUACCUGCACCCGAGCCCCUCCCUGGCCAGCAGCCGCAGCUUGUGCGCGGAGCUGCGGACCAGGAUGUUGUACGACGCGCGCACGCACCGCCACCACCGUGGAGCCACAGCCGGCUGGGAGUCGUGUUGCCGGGCCACACACCAUAGAUCCAGUGACCGAAAGCACGGAUCUGGCCCAUAG